AUGGACACCAUCAAGCUCGCCGACUACCUCUUUGCCCGCCUACGCCAGCUGGGCGUGAACUCCGUCUUCGGUGUACCUGGCGAUUACAACCUGCGCCUACUGGACUUCGUCGAGCCCGCCAAGCUGAGCUGGAUCGGCAACUGCAAUGAGCUGAACGCCGCGUAUUCUGCCGAUGGCUACGCACGCAUCAACGGUUUGGCCGCGCUGGUCACAACCUUUGGCGUGGGUGAAUUGUCGGCGCUCAAUGGCAUCGCUGGCGCCUAUGCCGAGCGCUCCCCUGUUAUCCACAUUGUCGGCACGCCGCCACGCCAGGCGCAGAGCACACGUGCGCUGAUGCACCACACCUUCGCCGACGGCGAGUACCGUCGCUUCGCGGCCAUGUCGACGCAUAUCACCGCGGCGCAGACUAAUAUUACGGAUGCGGCGUCGGCGCCGGAUAAGAUUGACUGGAUCUUGCAGCAGGCUCUGGUCCACAGCCGUCCCGUCUACCUGGAGAUUCCUGACGAUAUGCCAGAUGUCCUCGUGUCUGCGGCCAAUCUGUCCAAGACAGUGGCAGUUCCCCCCGUUCCCAGCACGGGCAAGGAAUCACAGAUUGUGAGCCAGAUUUUGGAGCGCAUGUACACUGCGAAACGCCCGUUGAUCCUCGUGGACGGCGAGAGUGUCGCCCUCGGUGUUGUCGACCAGCUUGAUACUCUUAUCAAACAGACUGGCUGGCCUACAUGGUGCACUGUUUUCAGCAAGGGUCUAGUGAACGAGCAGCUCCCCAAUGUAUAUGGGCUGUACGCAGCGGCCUUUGGUGACGAGCCCGCGAAGGCAUACUUUGAGUCGGCAGAUCUCGUUCUUACAUUCGGGCCGCACUACAGCGACACAAAUAGCUAUUUCUUCACUGGCAUACCUGCUCCGGCUGCCGCGGUCACUUUCAAAGACUCAUCCAUUCAAAUCGGGACCGAUCCUAUCUACCGCGAUGUUUCAGGAAAAGACCUGCUGUCGCAACUACUCCAGGGUCUUGACUCCACUCGCAUCCCGAAGGCAAUGGAAGCACCGCCCAAGGUAGUAACCACUCUGGACGAUAUUAAGAGCUCGGACCUCAUCGCCCAAGACAAUUUCUUCAGACUAGUCAACCCGAUCUUCCAGGAAGGCGACAUUAUCCUCACCGAAACGGGCACUGCAUCGCAUGGCGGCCGGCACUUCAACCUCCCACCCAAAGCACGCGUCUUCGGAGCCGUGACAUGGUUGUCAAUUGGAUUCAUGCUCCCCGCUACCUUGGGCGCCGCGCUCGCAAAGCGCGAACAGAAAACUCCCGGCAAUGUGACCUUGAUCAUCGGCGAUGGAUCCCUCCAGAUGACGGCACAGGAAAUCAGCACCAUGAUCCGCCAGAAGCUGGAUAUUGUGAUCAUCAUCAUCAACAACGACGGAUACACCAUCGAGCGGGUCAUCCAUGGCCGGAACCAGAGCUAUAAUGAUGUCGCAUUCUGGCGGCAUACCCAGGCGCUGAGCUAUUUCGGUGCUGACGAGGACCAUGUUGCAAAGAGUACCUUCACGGCGCGGACAUGCGGCGAGUUACAGGACGUGCUGCAGAAAGUCCAGAAUGGAAAGGGUGUAAGACUUGUGGAGGCGUUUAUGGGCCGUGAGGAUGUGCAAGGCGCGUUGUUGUAUCUUUUGAAUAGGCAGCUUGCCCAGGAGAAGAAGGAGGAAUAG